AUGAAAGGUCAGAGUUCAACAACAGAGUUACUGUAGUAGGUGAGAUCGUUUCAACAACAGGCUUUGAUGCUGAGAAACAGUAAUAUUUUGCAGUUAGUAUAGCAUUCAUAAUUUAGAUAUGUGUUCUAUGAGAUAUUCAUCCCUGAAGGAUGGUCUUUCGAGGAUUAUAAUGAGUAUGAGACUGCUGGAUUACUUAGAGAGGAGACUACUGAGUUCAACAAAAGAAAUUCAAACACACAUAUAUCGAGAGCUAAUGUAGAGGCCUCUACUGACCCUGAUGACCCAGAGGGCACUUAGUAUGUCUCACACUUUUGCUUCCCUUUUGAUUAUCAAUUCUUGGCAAAAGAGGAUAAAAUGAGCAAAAGACCAUACCUAUUAUUCUAAGUUAACUCGGUUGAUGAUUGGAAUAGACACAGAAUAGAAGGCUAUGGAUUCUUAAGGUUACCAAUUGAGUCAGGGUUUCAUUAGAUAGAGAUAGACACUUGGAGGCCAAGAGGAUCUAUUAUGACCGAGAUCCACUCAUUCUUCUUAGGGGGUUCAGUCAGAGUAUUGAAACUGGAGGAGCUCAUCAGAACUCAGCACUUAGAUGAAAAUGGUCAUAUUGAUAUUGUAAACAGAUUUGGUUUGGAAACAGAAGAUGCAGGAAAAGUAAAAAUCAAUUUAAACGUUUGCUCUCAGAACAAGUCAUUCUUUAAAUAUCAACGCAAAGAGUUUAAUAUAAUGAAGAUUAAGGAGCAGUAGGAGACUAAAAAGCGUAUCAAUUAAUUCAAACUACAAAGGACAAAAGAUGUUAAUGAAAAGGCUAAGGAUGAUGAAGAAUUUAAUAUUAGAUAGAACUUAAAUGAGUUUGAUAUAAAGGAUAAUGGAUAAAUGCUUAGUGGCCCUAUUGGAAUGCUUAGCAGAUUUGAGCAAAGAUGA